AUGCUGGAGCAUAUUGUCGGUCGGCCAAGUUUGGGGUUGAAGAGAGCCCAGAUCGUACUCGUCUUAACGUUCUGGAUAUGGCGCCUAAUUCGUGGAGGUCCAAAUGGUCCUGGGAUUUUCAGCAAGUUUAACGUCUACCUCAAGAGAUUCACACCAUGGCAAAUUAUCCUAUCCACGUUAUCCAUCAUGUACGCGUCAAGGAAUAUCGAUUGUAUCAUCGGGUUAGCCGACUUUUAUCGAGCGACUUGGAUCGUGACUGCUCUGGAUGCAGCUUUUGCAAGUUGCAUCCCGAUCCGACCCAAGUUUUUAAGGGAUCUAAUGAGCAUUUUGUUCACUGGGUAUUAUUUGGUGUUUGCGGGCGAUGCGGAUGAAAAGCUCCGGAGGUUUAGGGCAGUUUGUAGCGUCGAGAUGUUCAGGGCAACUUGGGAGAAGACGUCUAAUCCAUACCUCCGAGUCAUCGGUUACUUCGACAGACCACGCCUCCCCGUCGUCCAAACCCUUCACAUUCCCCGCCCAGCCUCUUCCAAACAUUCGAUACCCAUCAAAAUAAAGUUAUUUUUUUCGAGAACGGAGAGGGAGUUGGCUUGGAUGAACGAAUUGGUGUUGGAUUUACCGGGGGGAGGGUUUGUCUGUAUGAGUCCCGAACAUCAUGAGGAAAGGUUGAGGAAUUGGUGUGUGAGGAUUGGGAGACCUGUGGUUUCGGUUAAUUAUGGGAAGGCACCGGAAUAUCCGUACCCAUGGGCGAUCGAGGAAUGUUUUGAUGCGUAUAAGGUACUGAUGGAGACGAAGGGGAGCGUGAUUGGUAUGUCGGGACGGUCGUUACGGAUUAUUCUCAGUGGAGAUUCCGCUGGUGGCAAUCUUGUCGCGACGACGAUGUUCAAGAUUCUCGAAUACAACAACCCGACGCUCGGGCGAACUUUCAUCGUUCCUCCUACCCCUUCCAUUCCCAGCUCUGCACCUACCCCAGCAACCCCAAGCACCGUUCAAAAUCCAUCCACGAACCCUUCUUCCACUUCCCCCAUAAUGACAAACUCUCGAUCCCGUUCACCGUCAACUCCACUUCCACUCCCAAUCGCACUCGUCUUGGCAUAUCCAGCGCUUGAUUUCAACUUUACGUCCUGGAUGACACCUUCUAAUCUACGAUCACUUUUUGAUGAAGAAGAGUCCGUUGAGCGUUGUUGGGGAUGUGGAUGUUGGUCGGGGAAAGGGCAUGGAGGGAAAAGGGGGAAAAGAGAUGGGGGGAGUGUGAAAGAGAGGAGGGUGAGGAGACAGAGGAGUUGGGCUGGACGGUUGUUGAGCGUUGGAGGUGGGGGAGAGCCGAUCUCACCCGUUACGAAGAAGGGCGGGAAGGGACUGUUUGGUUGGGAUGGGGAUGGACAUCGUGGAAAUGGGAAUGAAAGUGCGGAUCUGGAGAGGGGUUCACUCGUUGCUCCGAAGGAAGUGCCUUCCGUUACAUCGGAGACCCCUAACGCGGUGGCGGCGGCGGUGGUGGUCAAACAGAACGGAGGCGAUCAUGUAGCUAUGCCUGCGAGCGGCACUGGCACUGGCACUGGCACGGCUGCUACCUUUGCACCAGCUGGUGUGACUCGUCAAGUUGGGACUGGGAAAGGGGUCAGUGCAAGUUUUCGUGCGAGGGUGUUAAGUCGCGUAAGCGAGGUGAACGAUCUUGCUAUUGAUACGAACGUCACUGGCAAUUCUACUCCUGCUCGCGUCAAUGGCGCAGGCCCACAGGCUGGGCGUUCAUCGCCUCCACGACAGAUGCAAGUUGGCGGCGGCGGCGGCCCCUGGGAAAAUGUGUUUAGUUCUGGAGAGGAUGAGGAUGAGGGGGGGUCGUCCCAUACUCUUCCUUCUCCCGCGAAGAAGGACACGUCCCUUUCUGCUACUGAGGGCGUUAUUGAGGAAGAAGAUGACGGGGGGAACGAGAGCGACGACGAGGAAGACGAGGAAGACGAGGAAGAUGAUUGGCAUGUAAGAUAUGGGAGGAUGGAAGAUAAGGAUAAGCCCCUUUCUGCUAGGGUGCUUUAUUCUGAUGGGGAUGACGAGAAAGGCAAGGAGAAAGAACGUAGUGGGAAGAAAGAGGCGAAAAUGAACAAGGUUCCCAUUGGGACGAGGGUGACUAUGACCAGUCGAGCGGCCUUCUUUACUGAUAGGAUUAUCUCUCCUGCGAUGAUGCGCGCGAUGGCCAUCCUCUACGUUGGACCGAAGCACAAUCCGGAUUUCAUGACGGAUUAUUACAUCUCCCCGAUAUUUGCGCCUUCCCAUCUCCUUUCGCAUUUUCCACCUGUGCUUAUGAUUUGUGGUGAGAGGGAUCCAUUUGUGGAUGAUACUAUCAUCUUUGGUGGGAAGAUUCGCGAAGCGAAACGUAUGCGUAAGACGGAACUUCGUGCUGGUGUGGGUGGCGAAUCGUUGCGGCUAUCGUCUAUGAACCCCUCUGCGAAAGAACGAGAGCGUGAAAGACUUUUGAAUGAGAAGGAAUCGGAUUGGGUUGAUAUGCGGCUUGUGGAAGGAUGGGGACAUGGAUUUUUGCAGAUGACGGCGUUGCUACCGAGAGCAAAGUUGUUGAUCAACGAAAUGGCUGAUUGGAUGGGAGACCGAUUUGCAACCAGUAGUUCUGCUUCUGCAUCGGGUUCGGCCUUAUCCACCGUCCCUGGAAGGGCCAUUCGAGCUGGUUUCACUCAUAAACGACCCGGAUCACCCCGAAGGCCUGAGUUUUCACGUCGAGCUAGUACCGGGUCUGGUGGUGGUGAUGGAACCCCCGCUUUGGUUAAUGGUGAUGGAAACACGAGUUUCAAAGGCGCUCAACCCAUAUUCCCUCUCCCUUCUGCGUCACCCGUUAUUGGCACUAGCUCGCCACCUUCAGGUGUGUCCCCGACUGCUAGGAUGGUGCCCAUGAACAGAAUCAUAAGUGAAGAGCUCUCAUCUACAUCUGCUCAAUCGACUGAGACGGAACGUGAUGCGCCGUUGUCGUUUACUCCUCGAAAAAACCGUUCACCACCGCCGCCACCGAGCCAAACUUCAUUUGGUGUUGGUAGUAAUGCAGUCGAUCUAAUAACCUCACCCUCCGGUGCUUCUCCACAGCUACGACGUACUGCUAUGCCAGUUAAGCCUGAUGCAUCAGUAGCAUCAGUUGGUGAACUGCCCAGCGCUCGGCCGUCGAACUCAGCCACCCCGACGCUGUUGAACCCCGGGGCUAACCGUACAAGUCAAAGUCCAGUGGAGAAUGCAAGCGAGAUGCUAAAACAGACGGUGUCGCCAUCGCGACAACCUCCAAUAAUAAUACCCCCAUUAUUGGGGCCAUCUAUGCCCAACUCGACAAUGGGAGGGGCGACAACGGGGGCUGUGUUGCUUUCGGAAGCAGAACUCAUACGACGACGACGAGCCCAGGCUGUGUUUGGUAUGGGUGAAAUGAUGACCGCAUCAGCUGUGCAAGAGAGGGAAUUGAAUUCAGAGGCGGCUGACAACGAUGGGCGAUCUGAUGGUCUUGUUGGUGGUGGUACUGGUAAGAAAGCAUGCGCUGGUGGCGCUACAAGCAAUAAUUUUGAUGGCAUGGCGAACUCGAUCAAUGCCAAUGCCUUGCUCUCUUGGAACCAGCAGAGCCACACACCAGCUCGGGGUCGUCAAGGGGGCUGUGCGAGUCCUCACUUUGUUUUGCCCAGCCACUGCGACCCAAUCGCUCCUUUCCUCAAAACCGAAGUGCCAAGCCACGACCUUCAAAGUCUUCUCAGUCAAAGCAUGAGCACAACCCCGCUUGCCAGCAUGAGUUUCGAACGCGGUUCUAACGGAAAUACUGACGGAGAUAACAAUCCUCCUCGGUCAACAUCACCCGCAUCCACUUCAUCGCUGAAUACUCGCAUCCGCGCUUCAGCCUAUUCUGCAACCCUCCCUCCUCAAAAUCCUCCUCCCAACUUGGCUCCUCAACCUUCGACAAGUCAAGCCCCAGAACUCUAUCAUCCACCUCAUCACAACAUUAUGCGUAAUCCCACAGCAGGCCCCGCAGGCUAUUUUGGUCAACAGUUACCAGUCAUACUUCAUGAUUAUCCAACACCGCAUCAUCAAUCGAAUGCCCGUGGCAGUGGCAAGGACGAGGAAGAAGAUGUCGAAGAAGAUGACGAUGUUCGAAAGACAUUGCAAGAUAUCCUUCCUGGUGAAGAUGCUCCCGACAGUGACCGAGAUGAAGAAAAAAGGCGCCGGUCGAUGGCUUACCCUGCGCAUAUGGGUCCUUCUUAUCCCUUUAACCCUCAUCUAAAUGGUUCCGCAGGCAGCGCGCGCUCACCUCCGCAUAUGAAUCACGCUACCUCCUCUCGAUCCCCUCCUCCUGCACCUCCUCCGCAAGCCCCACUUCCUGCUACAUACUUCCCCAGUAAUUCAGCCGAGUUGAACGCUGCUUGGGCUACCAAAGCUGCCUGGAUGGGUCCGCUCCCGCCAUCUAACGGGCCUCCGACAAAACGUAAACGUGGAUUAUCACCGGGUGGCCGGCACGCUCGCCGUUCUCCUCCUCUCGAGUCGAUUAAACUUCGUGUGAUGGAUCAAGGAACUUCUUCUUUCACAGAUAUCACACUCGACGAGAAUGGAAACGCGAUUCACCAGACGACGGUUGUGAAGGAUAUCGAUGCGCCCCUAAGGUCUCGUAGCUUAGGCGAGGAUCACAGCGAAGUCGCGAGCGAGAACGGCGCUGAGGUUGGAGGUGCCGAUCGUGGAUCGCCUAGCGGUAGUCAAUCGGGAGAUGCUACAGGACCUGGAGGUACCCGUUUACCACCUAUCAUGCAAGUUGAAAAGCACGUCGUCACGACUACAGCCACUCAGCAAGCUAGCGCCAGCCGACGAAGGAACGAUGCGUUAUUCAAGUGUCCCGUUCCGGGAUGUGGAAGUACUUUCACAAGACGAUUCAAUUUGCGAGGUCACCUACGAUCGCAUACCGAGGAGCGACCUUUCGUGUGCGAAUGGCCUGGAUGCGGUAAAUCAUUUGCGAGGAAACACGAUUGCAAUCGUCAUCAAAGCCUCCACUCUGCCCAGGGUGCCCAGCAUACGUGCGGUGGCUGUGGCAAGUCGUUCUCCCGGACGGAUGCUCUUAAUCGACACCUGCGCUCUGAAGGGGGAGCAGCAUGCAAGAGAGCUGCCGCCGCCGCACAACGUAACAACGGGGGUGGCAGUGGCACGGAGGCUCGAGGAUCAUCUACCGCGGCUGCAGCUGUUGCUGCUGCCGCCGCGGCUGCGGCAGCUGUGGCGGCGGUGGCUGGCCACGCACUCGUGCCCAUCAAUCCUCACCCAGACGAGCACGUUCCACCUCCCCCCCCGCCCCCGAAUGGACUCAUCAUUGAUCACGAGUUUCCCUCGCAAGGGACGCCUCCUGCACCUCCUGUGUGA